AUUAUGGUCAAUCUUUCCUACAGCAAAAAUUAUAGCAAGUAUUUGUAAAAGACUUGAAGAUUUAUAUUGUCAAAAACAAAUAUUACAAAUUGGAAAUAAAAUUAAACUCUACAAUAAAUAUAUGGAUGAAUCCUUAGAAGCAUUCAAAAACAAACAUCUGGAUGUUAAUUUAUAUGUAAUUAAAGUAGCUGACAUUUUUAACACUCCAGAAUUAUUAGAAAGUUUAGGAAUUACAGUUACUGAUGUAGGUUGUAUACCUGAUGAUGGCUUUGUAGGAAAGAAUAGAUUUGCAAUGAUCUGGAAAAAUUCUUAUUUUAUGUUCUUUAAAACUAAGAUCAUGAGAAGAUUUUCGAAUUAA